AUGGCGCGUACCAAGCAGACGGCUCGUAAAUCCACCGGAGGUAAAGCUCCCAGGAAGCAAUUAGCCACGAAGGGCUGCCCGUAA